ACCUGCUGUGCUGAAGGGAGACACAUUUUCCGCAGAGUUGGGCCUUUUUCUUCCUCUCUGCUGACGAGACGUUGGUGAACGACACUAUGCCUGCCGUAGUUAUAAUGGAUGAAAAUUAUGAUAAACUUUUAGAGCAGUGCCAAACACAGGAACUUGAGGCUCCAGGUGGCAUUGCAACCCCUCAAGUGUAUGCCCAGCUGUUGGCUCUCUAUCUACUGCACAAUGACAUGAAUAAUGCCAGGUACCUGUGGAAGCGAAUUCCUCAAGCCAUUAAAUCGGGAAACCCAGAGCUGACGGCCGUGUGGGCCGUGGGUCAGCGCAUAUGGCAGCGAGACUUCCCUGGGAUCUACUCGGCCAUUGCAGCUCACCAGUGGUCUGAGAACAUCCUGCCCGCCAUGGAUGCCCUGCAAGAGACCACACGUAGGAGGGCCUAUGGCCUGGUGGCCCAGGCGUACACCUCCAUCACGGCAGAAGACUUUGCCGCCUUUGUGGGCUACUCUGUGGAGGAAGCCGUGAAGGUCGCAAAAACCAUCAAGCGCUAUGAUGAAACUGGCUCUCGUGAGGACCACCACAGGAAAGGAAGACCCAGAGUUACCUCUGCUGCAGAGGAUAAGUUCAUUAGAGUUAACUGUGCCUCAGAUUGCAGCCCAAAUAAAUGCUUCACAGAGUUCAAGUAACAGACACAUAUCAUCAUCAACUGUUGAGAGGAGACUGCGUGAAUCAGGCCUUCAUGGUUGAAUUGCUCCAAAGAAACCACACCAAUAAGAAGAGACUUGUUUGGGCCAAGAAACACGAGCAAUGGACAUUAGAACAGUGGAAAUCUGUUCUUUGGUCUAAUGACUCCAAAUUUCAAAAUGUUUAUUCCAACCGCCUUAUCUUUGUGAGAAGCAGAGUAUGUGAACGGAUGAUCUCCGUAUGUGUGGUUCACACCGUGAAGCAGGUGUGAUGGUGUGGGGAUGCUUUGCUGGUGACACUGUGAUUUUAUUUAGAAUUCAGGGCACGCUUAACCAGCAUGGCUACCACAGCAUUCUGCAGCGAUACGCUAUCCCAUCUGGUUUGUGCUUAGUGGGGCUUAUCAAUUGUUUUUCAACAGGUUAGUGCCCCAAAACACACCUCCAGGCUAUUUGACCAAGGAGGGGAGUGAUGGUGCUGCAUCAGAUGACCUGGCCUCCACAAUCACCCGACCUCAACCCAAUUGAGAUGGUUUGGGAUGAGUUGGACCUCAGAGUGAAGGAAAAGCAGCCAACAAGUUCUCAACAUGUGUGGGAACUCCUUCAAGACUGUUGGAAAAGCAUUCCUCAUGAAGCUGGUUGAGAAAAUGACAAGUGUGCCAAGCUGUCAAAGGGUGGCUACUUUGAUUUGUUUAACUUUUUUUAACACUUUUUUGGUUACUACAUGAUUCCAUAUGUGUUUUUCAUAGUUUUGAUGUCUUCACUAUUAUUCUACAAUGUAGAAAAUAGUACAAAAUUACGAAAAACCCUUGAAUGAGUGUGUCCAAACUUUUAACUGUUACUGUAUCUCUUCAUGAAAUGAUAUAAACUCAUUUUUAUCAGUAGAGGCAGAUAAAGCUAAAUUGUUCAUGCAGGCGGGGAUGAAGAUGGUUAGUACUUUUCUAGAGUUGAAAGACCGGAAAAUAGUCAUCAAACUAUUCCCUUUUCAUCUCUUUUUCCGUUUCUUUUCCCCUCCUAUUCUCUACCCACCGCUCCUCUCUGGUUUCUUUCC